GGUCAGAGACUGCAGACAUACUACAGGAGACGGUCAGAGACUGCAGACAUACUACAGGAGACGGUCAGAGACUGCAGACAUACUACAGGAGACGGUCAGAGACUGCAGACAUACUACAGGAGACGGUCAGAGACUGCAGACAUACUACAGGAGACGGUCAGAGACUGCAGACAUACUACAGGAGACGGUCAGAGACUGCAGACAUACUACAGGAGAUGGUCAGAGACUGCAGACAUACUACAGGAGAUGGUCAGAGACUGCAGACAUACUACAGGAGAGAGUCAGAGUAUGUGCCCAUGCUAUAGGAGUGAUAAAAAAACUGAAGAAAUGCUG